AUGGCAUAUAGUAAAGAUACCAUUCCAUCCUUCUUACCAGUCUCCUCAACUUGCAAAUAUAGUUCAGCUAAGACAAUGAAUGGUGAAGAUGAUGAAGAACCUAUCAGGAGAUGCGUCUCCAGUCAAUAUUUGGAUCAACUAACGGGUGUACAAAAUCAUCAUAAAAAUCUAUACAAACAGAAUAGAAAUUUACAAAGUACAAUCUCGAACCUCAAAGACCAAUUGAGUCUAUCAGAAUUUAAACGUGCGUUGAGUGAAAUGAAAAAUGAAACCACAAGAGCUACAGUAGAAAAGUGUUUAUCGAUUUCAGAAAGAAUGAUCAAAAUGACCUCUAAGCAGAUGGCUGAACAUGAUUUAUCGAUUUGUAAAAAACUGGAUACAAGCUUAAAUCAUUAUGCGGACAGUAUAAUGGAGAUCAUAGCUUCUAAUUUAGCUGACACGAUCUAUGAACCAUUGUUAAGAAAAAGAAGAGACAAUCCAUUGAAAAUCAAAGAUAUCAUUGAUGAAUAUUACUAUUCAUCUAUACAGACACGAUUAAACUCUAUUACUGAUUUAUCCAAUUCCAAAGUAUCAGACAUGACAUUAUCGAUAAUCAACGAUAUUAAUAGAGACCUAGAUGAUAUCCAAAAAACAGCAAGAAUCACUCUGAUAAAUGAAUCAACAUUAGACAAUAAAUAUCAAACAAACAUACCUGACAAUUGGAAUUCAAAUGCAAGUUAUAAAUUAUCAUUCAGUUCGAAUAAUGGAGAAGAUAAAUAUGAAUUGGAUUUACCAACUCUAGAUAAGAGUUUUUAUGAUUUGAUCUAUUACUGUAAACGGACUCUUAGAAAAUGUACGAGGGACAGUAAUACUGAUGAGGGAAAUAAGACUGCCAUGUGGCCUGAAUGA